AUGGCCAGUACAGACUGGGGCAAUAAAACAGCUACAGAAUUCAUCCUACUGGGAUUUGGGGAUUUCCCUGAGCUGCAAAUUCUUCUCUUUCUUCUUUUUUCAGUGAUCUACAUUACGACCAUGGUAGGGACUGUCCUAAUCAUUACACUCAUUGUAACUGAUCAGCACCUGCACACCCCCAUGUACUUCUUCCUGGGGAACUUGUCCUGCUUGGAGACCUGCUACACCUGCACCAUCCUGCCCAGGCUGCUGGCCAGUCUCCUGACAAGGGACAGGACUAUUUCUGUCCGGGGCUGCCUUACACAGUAUUAUUUGUUUGGUUUAUUUGGAGCCACAGAAUGUUAUCUCUUAGCUGCAAUGUCUUAUGAUCGGUAUUUAGCAAUAUGCAAAUCACUGUACUAUGGAGCCCGUAUGAAUGGCAGAUUCUGUGUCCUGCUGGCAGCUGGGUCUUGGAUAAAUGGGUUUUUGCCUGUUACCAUAACAACAUCUUUGAUGUCACAACUGCCUUUCUGUGGCCCUGGCAAGAUUGAUCACUUCUUUUGUGACUUCACCCCAGUGAUAGACCUCUCCUGCAGCAACACCCACCUGAUAGAACUUUUGGGUGUUGUCCUGUCCGGUGUAUGUUCACUGCCCCCAUCUCUACUAACUGUAACAUCUUACAUUUGUAUCAUCACCUCCAUCCUGAGAAUCCCUUCCACCACCGGGCGGCAAAAGGUUUUUUCCACCUGCUCCUCUCACCUCAUUGUGGUUACAAUUUUCUAUGGGACCCUGAUCAUUGUUUAUCUCCUCCCCAAAACUAAGAUACUGCGAGACCUGAACAAAGUGUUCUCCGUCUUCUACACCAUCCUGACGCCUCUGGUCAAUCCACUCAUCUACAGCCUGAGAAACAAAGAGGUAAAAAAGGCGCUAAAAAAAGCAGUCAGUAAAUUUACGGAUUCUGCAAGAAUUUAG